AUAUCCUUUUUAUCUAACUUAACUACUCACACACAACAAACACAUAGAAGCACUAGUUUUCAGAAUUCAAUCAAGAUUACACCACUACACACUACAUCAAUGGCAUCACUAACCAUGACAGCAUCAUUCUUCGCCGGGAGCUCAGCGAUCGCCUCCCGGUCACCUGUGGCAACUCAAAGGAAACUGGUGGUGGCUAAUGCUGCUAGAGGAGUUGAAGUAGAAAAGAUGGAAGUGAGUUAUGAGAAUGACAAGGAAGGAACCAAUGGAAGGAGGAACAUCAUGUUUGCUGCUGCAGCAGCUGCUGUUUGUUCUGUUGCUGGGAUGGCUUUGGCUGAUGAACCUAAACGUGGUUCUCCAGAAGCUAAGAAAGCAUAUGCACCUGUUUGUGUUACCAUGCCAACAGCUAGGAUUUGCCGCAACUGAGGGUGUUUUAGUCUUUUAUGUACUUUGUAUUGUAAUGAAAUGAACAUUGGGGAUGUAAUGUUUUGGUUUCAUAUUCUUAUCCUUUGUAAUUCUAUGUACUAAGUUGUUCAUGAAACUAUCAAAUUUGCCUUGUCUAUGUUGUUGUUAA